AAAGCUAUGGGCCGAGCUGAUUCUCAGAUUCCGAUUCAUCAUCCCCACUCAUCUUCCUCUCUCUAUCUUCUAGAAGACAACCGUUCGUCGUCGUCGUCACAGCUCAAGCGAAAUCCGAAGAGAAAGCUUGAGGAUUACUUGGAUCCAGCUCUUCUUCGUACGAUCUCGUCUAGGAUCGGUAUAACGGAGGCGAAGGAGAAGAAGCAGAUGGAGAAGAAGGAUGUCUUCGUGAGUUUGAUUCAGAGUACGGAAUUCGAUUGGCCUGUUGACCGAUUAGAUCCUCUAAUCAAAAAUCCGAAUCGCGAUUCCGGGAUAGAGUACGACGGAUCACGGUUCUUUUCCCCGAUCAUCCCGCCGUCGUUGAGCAAACGCCGUUGAAGCGAACGGUAACAAACACUGCGCAGGAUAGCAAAGUUCGUUACGGUAAUAACGUGCGCGGAAAAUGGCAGAGGGAAUCUUGAUACGUCGGCGUUUAGGUGAAACAAUUUGAAAAAAAAAAACUUUAAAUAAGAAUGUAAAACAAGCUAAACUCAGAUAUUAUGUGGUAGUCUAUAUACACUUUAUAACAAUGUAUAUAUACAGAGAACUUCAUCAAACAAAAGAGAAUCCUCAUACAAGAGAGUGAAGCUUCUU